AUGCAGAUAUUCCACAAAAUCGUCUACAUACCUGUGUUUUGCCUGGGAUUCAUACUCAACCUUUCAGCGCUAGUUGUGUUCAUACGUCGGGGGAGAUGGACGAACAUGCACAUCUACAUGAUGAACCUCCUAGUCGCCGACAGCGCCCUUAUUUUCUUCCUACCCUUUAGAAUAUUAGACGCAUACUGUCCCCUGAAAGAAACGAUUUUAUGUACCUUUCUACUGUCAGUGCAUUACGUCAAUAUGUAUGCUAGUGUCUACACAGUUACCGCCAUUAGUGUUCACCGCUUCGUGUCCGUGAAGUUCCCGUUCAAAACACGAGCCAACCGCUCGAACAAGAGUGUGGCUUGCAUCGUGUGCAUUUUUAUUUGGAUAGCAAUUGUUUCUGUAUGCUCAGCAUUUAAUGGUGAGCUCCAACCAGACGAGCUCCAAACCUGUUACGAAAGGAGACAGAAGCCCCUAAAAAUAGAAUUUUUCCUGAUCUUGCAGGUUGUUGGCUUCCUCAUUCCUCUCUCCAUUAUCGUAAUUUGUUCGAUCCAAACAAUAUGUGUUAUUUUAGGGUCGAAUGAUGAUAUAACCGAAAAGGAGGCUAAGACUGAGAGGAAAAGGAUUGUGGCCGUUAUAACAGCCAAUCUGGUGGUUUUUAUUGUCUGCUUCACCCCAGUUCAUGUUGCAUUCCUACUCAAGUACAUUCACUCUCAAGACGCAACAAGUUGUAACUUCGCUGACGACCACCCCUAUUUACAUAUUUUUCACGAAGUCUCGGAAUGGGUUGCAACAACAAGCUGCUGCCUGGACUUUUUUGGCUAUUACUUUUUACUGAGAAGAGUUUUCAGAGUCCAAAACUAA